AUCCACCAAUCCCAAACCCGCCGCCGGCGCCUCCCAGAUCCCGAACCCUAGCCAGCACCCCGCCGGCCGCCAGCUUCGAUGACCCAUGGCCUCCACCCCCAUCCUUCCCAUGGGCUGCAGGUUCAGCCCCUCCGACGCCGACCUCAUCUCCUUCUACCUCCGCCCCAUGAUCGCGAGCGAGCCCCUCCCUGAGCCCGCCGCCAGGUUCCUGCACACCGCCGACGCGUACGCCGCCGACCCAUCCUCCCUCGUCUCUGGCCUCCUGCCUGCGGUCCUGCUGGCGCCCAGGACCGGGGCGGAGAGGCGUUGCUGGUACUUCUUCGGCCCCGCCAAGGCCCUGUCCGGGCACGACAAGCGCAGGUCCCGGGCCGUCGCCGGCGGGAAGGGCACGUGGCAUGCCGAGAAGGGGAGGGUGGCCGUUCUCGACGGCGAGGGACGCGGCGGAGUCGUCGGGUACAAGCAGAGUUUCAGGUAUAAGCCCAGCGAUGCCGACGGAUCCGUGGAGGCCGUGUGGCUCAUGGUGGAGUUCCGUGUGGCUCAUGAUCAAGGAGAUGACGAGAAAGGCGAGACAGUUCCAGUUCUUUGCAAGGUCUACCAGAGCCCGCGCAAGCCCCGAUCUGCGUCGAUCUCGACGUCGCCGGCAUACAAAAGGGAGAGGAAGAGGAAGGCCAGGGACGACUCAGCUCCGGCGACGACUGUCAAGCGGCGGCUGCUUGUCCCCCCUGCUGCACCAAUUCUGCCGUCGGCCGUCGAGCCACAGCCAGACCUGAACAACUGCUCGGAUGGCGUCUCAGUGGACCAGCUUCUUGAUGAUCUCAUGUCCGUCCUCACGCCUGAUCAAGUCCUGGGUGACUUCUUGAUGCCUGUCCCUGAAUCAGAGGUCAAUUGCAGCUUCUCCAUGGGCAACCACGCCGGUUCCGCGGCGAGAAGCUACUGUGACAUGGUACUCCAGGACGAAGCUGGUGCUGGUGCACGCACGCCUUUUCAUCAGAAUUCUGAUCAAAUCCUCCUGGGUGACUUGUUGAUGCCUGUCGUCUCUGAAUCAGAGGUCAAUUACAGCUCCUCUAUGUCCGACCAUUCUGGUUCCAUGGUGAGAAACUACGAGACCGUCCUCCAUGGUGGUUCAGUCACCCCCCUUCUUGAUAAUUCUGAUCAAUUUGACUUGUCGAUGCCCAUCAUCGAGCCACUGCCCACUGACUUGCAGACCCAGACAGCAAUGCUAAAUUAUUUCAGCUUCCUGCCGUGUGCCCCGUAUGCUGGAAUUUGUGAUUCUUGGACAGGAGGCGACACCACGGACGAUGAAGCGGCCUCAGUCAGCUGGUACGGCUCCGCUCCAAGCUCACCGGCAAUUCCUACUGAGUGGAUGAUGCAAUCACCAUUUGCCACCCCAUAUCUAUUCUGAAGCUGACCAGCUUCAUGUUCUGUGUGUUUAUUCGCUAUCCCGAUACAUGCAACCGCCGUUUACCCCAAGGAUAGAAUACACGUUUUGUAGCUUGUACCAAGGUUCAAGACCUUGAUGAGUUUUUGACUUAUAAUGAUCUGGUUAUGUAUGUCAGGAUACAUUCUUAAGUAUUGGCUGAAAGAUUGGUAUGUGUAUUGUCAUCUUUAACUGAAUUUAGAUGUUCUAUUAUUCAGCAUGUGCUUGCUUGUGUGAUUUCCUAUGUUGUAAACUGCAAUUAAUCUCUUUUAGCUGCUGCCUUCAAUCCAACAGCUGA